GUAGAGAUUAAGUCUACAACAUGAAAGAUUUGUCAAGCAAAGGAUUAGACACCAUUUCAGAAGAAGAGGAUGAUGCUGAGUGCAGGGAGUUAACCUCGAGAAUACAAUCACAAAAUAGGGUAAAACGUGUGGCAAGUGAGAUAGCAAACAAAAACAGAAACAAUACUGCCGAAGACAAGACUUUGUCCAGUCAACAAGAUGCACAAACACUACAACACAAAUCGUCUCAGCAAAGAGACACAUCUUUCCAAGAAGCACCCAAACAAAACACCAAAGAUACAAAACAGUCGAAGUCUCUUUAUAUUGAGUCUUCAGAACUAUUUGAUCUGACUGAUCCAGCGUGCGUGGAAAGUGAGGAUAACGAAGAAGUCACAAGUUUUCGAAACCUGAUUCAGACAACCUGCGAUAAACUGUUUAAGAAGGGGGACAAGAAGCAGAUUCUCGUAAACAAGUACACAUUCUCUGAAAUCAGUAAAUACAAUUUGUCCCAAAAUGCAAAUACCACACCGGAGCCUGAGCGAGACAGAAGCGUUAAAAAUGAAUCGAAUGAAGCUGAAAAGAAAGGAGACGAACAGAAAGUUGAGAAUCAGAUUUCAGCAGACGAUCAGGUCGAGCCACUGCCUUUCCCCGCCUCUCCUCAGUCGUCGUUUGAAGAAAAGUUUGGACACCUUUCAAUCUUUGCUCCACAGACCAGCAUCCUAGGAGAAAAUGCAACCGACGCCGAGGCCGUCUCCAGGAGUCUUGUUGGCUCCAUGUUAGAGAAAUGCAUUGAAAGCGUCCAAAAGCCAACAGUCAACAGUCGUCUGUCAAGUAGGAACGCUUAUCCUGUAGUAGCUAGUAUGAGCGCGGGAACCUCUGUGUCAAGGAGCAGAGGAUGCUCCAUUCAAGAACUUGCCCAUCUAGAGAGUGAGAUGGAGAAGAAGAUCUCCACAGAGAAGAGCAUUUUAGAAAGAGAGAACGAUUGUCAGUUCAGUCAUGGCGACAGCGAAGCUCUGCCCCAGACGUCAGACGACUUUGAGAUUCUCCGUCGACAGAGAAUGGAGCGGUUACAGGAGCUGAGGAACCUUCUAGAGCAAAAGAGAGCGGAACGGAAGGAGUUCGAGAACAGAAUGAGGACUAAAUAUGGCGCAAGGGACGUAAAAGAGCUUGUAAAGAAUGAAAUCGUGAAAAUGGAGCAGAUCAAAGAGGAGCACGAGACGGAGGAAGAUGAGGAGGGCGUGGCCAUCGUGAAGGCCCCCACACACCUCGAUGUCCACACCGCUCCGGCCAGAAAGGGGAUAAAGUGCAUCUAUAGGGAGGUGGAGUGUGUCCAGGAUUCGUCCAGCACCGACAAUUCAGAGUUCGCCGGUACGGAUAACGAGGGGUGUGAGGGUGGGAGUGUCAUCGUUCUUUCUGAUCUCGAUCUGAGAACCUACACAGAGACCACAGAGGAACCAGAGUCAUUCAACACCGCCAGGCACCACUCGAUCCCUACAGGCGAAACACAGCAAUACCAAGACAAAAAUCAGGUUUUCGAUAAAAUAACAAUAGCACAAAGUACCAAAAAUGUAGCACCAAAGCGGAAGAAGGAUCCUUAUGCUAAGUUUGAACGCACGGGGAGGAUAGAACAAACGACCCAAUGUCCUUCCUCACAGACAUUACCGGCGGAAGCAGAUGUUGCAGACGCCAAGUUCUGGAAGGAUCUGGACGAUGGGAAUGUAGGAAAUUUCCAACAGUUCUAUUUUGAUUCAGAGGGAUAUUCCGGCCAGUGUCAGGAGAUGUCGCAGUGGGUCACAGAGGACUUGUGUCCACCGGAAGAUAACGACAUCACAAGUUUCUACGAAAACUGCUCAUAUUCUAGUGCAGUUGGUGAAGAUAAAACUGACACAGCCACCAGCAGCGUGGUGUUCCCCGAUGACUUGAUGGAACAAACGAAAUCAAGGAGGAAGAAAACGGCUACCGACGCGAAGCAAAAGUCGAAGGGGGAAAAGAAAAAGAAAAAAGCUAGGAUCGCAGAGGUUCGCGUACCAAAAGAGAACAAGAAUUCAGGCAUGGUAUCUUUAGCUGAAACACGGUCGAUAAUGCAGAAACUGGCUUACUUCCGAAACGAGGCUCAUCUGGAAGAGUCAAAGGAAGUCUUGGCAGAGAAAAGAAGGGAGCUGCGGGAUGCGGAGAAUCUCCUUUAUUUCCGGGCAAUGGCGCGAUCUGAUGCAAGUAGACCCACAUUAGAACCUCUCCCCAACCCCCAUGGGAUGGCAUCCGCGAAGCAAUCGCGCUUAACCGGCUUUGGACCGGCAAAAUAUUUCUGCAAACCAAGUGACGUUGAUAGAAGCUUAUUAAUGGGAGGCAGCCGACAGAAUGUCCGUGCUAUACCGAAUGACCCCGGAAACUACAUCAGUGAGGCCGAAGCCGAGGAAAAUAUGAUGUUCUUCAAAUAUGUCGCCAGAAACAGAUCAUUUUUCAAAUUCAAAGAAAGAGACUAGUCACGGUUCACUGAAUUGUUUCAUCUGAAAA